AAGAUCAAAACAAAUAGGGAGUAAGAAAUUGGAAUCCUAUAAAACUUGAAGUGUAUAAAGUUUUAGAAUAUAUCCCGGCAAGCGACCUUAGCCAAAUGCAUAAAGGCUCUUGAAAAAUGGAUAAAUCCUAUGGACAUUCAUUUCAUUUUUUAUUUGUAAAUAUUCCACUCGAUGUUUUCACUACACAUCUCAUAAUUUGGAACUUAUAGCCCAAACCUCUCUUUCUCCCUUGCCAGCCAACUUUUCAUCCAAAUCCAUCCUCUCUGCAACAAUGGACUCAAAUUCUCCUCAAGUUGAAAUGUUCUUCUUUCCAUUUGUAGGUGGAGGCCACCAAAUCCCCAUGAUAGACAUAGCCAGAGUCUUUGCUUUCCAUGGUGCCAAAGCUACCAUAAUUACCACCUCAAAACAUUCCCUCUCCUUCCGAAAAUCCAUCACCCGUGAUAAAAAAAUCUGGUCUUCCUGUCUCUAUCCACGUCCUUGAGCUGUCUGAUAACAUCGAAAUAGCCGCUACAGACAUGUCUGCAACUUCCUUCACUGAUACUUCUAUGCUCCAAGAACCUCAACAAAAUCUUUUACUUGAACGAAAACCUGACUGUAUUGUUCAUGAAGUGUUUCAUCGCUGGUCUGCUGUUGCUAUUGACAGUGUUGGCAUUCCAAGAAUUACUUUCAAUGGGAAUGAAUGCAUCGCUCGUUGUGUCCGAGAAAAUAUGGAACGCUAUAAGCCCCAUGAGAGAGUAACUUCUGAUUUGGAGCCUUUUAUUGUUCCAGGUCUUUCUGAUAGGAUUGAAUUGACCACAUCUCAACUACCAGUCUUUGGAGGACAACCACAUGGUGGAGGGUUGCAUAAAAGAAUGCCAGGGUCAGAUGAAAAGAGUUUCGGGGUUGUGGUCAAUAGUUUCUAUGAUUUGGAGACUAUUUGUGUGGAUUACUUCAGGGAUGAAUUAGGCAAUAGGGCAUGGAUUGUGGGACCAGUUUCAUUAUGCAACAGAAAUGUGGAAGACAAAGGCUGAGAGAGAGGCCAGAAGACUUCAGUUAAUGAGCAAACCAUUUUCAACUGGCUUGACUGUAAAGAACUAAAUUCGGUUCUUUACGUCAGUUCUGGAAGCUUAGCUCGUUUAACCCCUGAACAAAUCCUUGAGAUCGCCCAUGGUCUUGAAGCUUCCAAUCACCAAUUCAUUUGGGUGAUUGGAAAAAUCUUUAAAUCAGCUGGACAUGAUGAAGAAAGCCUUGCUUCCCAAAGGAUUUGAUGAUAGACUGAAAGAAUCCAGAAGAGGACUAAUAAUAAAAGGCUGGGUACCGCAAUUGUAAACACGAGAGCAUCCGGCUGUAGGAGGGUUUGUGACUCAUUGUGGACGGAACUCAACUUGAGAAGGUGUGAGCGCUGGACUGCCAAUGAUAACAUGGCGUUUUGCUGCAGAGCAAUUCACCGAUGAGAAGUUACGGAUUGAUGUAGUAAUGUGCAAUCAAGAUGCGUUCUUGCCAGUCUGUCAUCUGUACCAACGCUAUGACGCAAGUGAUUAUGUUAGCAGGAAGAAACAAUCUUCCUAUUUUCGGUUUAGAUUCCAACCAGGCCUAGUAACCGCGCGCAAGAUAAAAAAAAAAAAACCAAUUAUUGUAUUAAAAAAACUUGUGAGUGCUGUUAUUUUUUUAUAUUGUAAAAUAUUUAAAAUAAAAAUAAAAAAACUUAAUCAAUGUAUCAAAUUAGAUUAAUUGACCACUAUGUAUAUUAGUAAAUAUAAAAAAAUCAGUGUGACUUAUUUAAUCUAGUGGGCAAAGAGUGAA